GAAAGCAACAUUUAAAGGGAAGUUCAUGGCAUCAGCAAGUGGCUUUCCCGCAAGUUUUUAUGGAGAGCCAGGUGUGCUUGGGCUCCUGGCCAAUGGCAUCAGUGCAUUCCUUGUCCUACUGCAAAACUUCCAUGGGGCCAGGACUGGUGUUCCUGCAGAGGGAGUGGAAAACAUAUUAGCAGGCGUUCAUCUCAUUCUAAUUGGUGGAGUGUGUCAACUUGUGGCAGGCUUGCUGUCUUUUCGAAAAUAUGACCAUCUGAGUGGGACGUCAUUUGUAGGAUAUGCAGCACUAUGGGCAAGCUAUGGGGCGACAAGAAUUUUCCUAGGUGCCAACCAACAAAGUACAAACCUAUUCAACGAAUCCACAAUGAUAAACAGUACAUUUCAAGAUCUGCUCACAAACAAUAGCAUCAAUAAAACAGACUUGUUCAUCAAGGAGUCUGCCAUAGCUGGGCUGGUGCCUUAUAUACUGCUUUCCUUUUUACUGGCCUUCUGUUCAGCAACUGUAAACUACAUCAUGCCCUUUGUGUUUGGGGCCAUCACCCUCACGCUGAUAUUUGAGGCUGUGGGUCUGGUAGCAUGGUGGGGUUUGGUGGUCUCUGGGGUUCUGGAGCUCCUAAUCCUGCUAUUUGCCAUAUAUGGCUCAUCAGCACUGCUAAUCAAGGGACUGGCCCAACGCUAUGUGCUAAAGGGUUUUGGGAACCCUCUCUUCAAUGUGUUGCUCCUAGGAACCACCAACGGCAGUAGCUCCCAAAGCUUGGGCCAAGAGAAGAAGAAGAACACAAAAUAUGCUGAACCUAUGGCCUUGGGAUUCUUCUGCGACACAGUCUCACCAUUUAUCUUUGCUUUCUAUGCCUUUAACUACUUCCCAUCGGUCUCAGUAGCUGCCAUCUGGAUAACCAUCAAUUCUGCUGCUCAGCUUCUAUCUAGCUAUUAUGCAUACAUGCGUCAAGACGGCUACCAUGCAACCAAGUUUGGCCUGCACUGCGUGUUUUGGUUGGUGAAGACUUGGGAAGAGCAUGUGGUGUCUAUAACCAUCAGCCGGGCUGCAGCUGGUGAAGUAAGGCACGCCAUGGUUGGCAACUGGUUCUUCGUGUCUGCCGCCUUGGUGCUCUGCAUUGCAAGUCUAAACAAAGACAGUCUUGAGCUAGUUCACAACUCAUUUUUUGUCCUGGUGACCAUAUCAACCAUCUCCCAGAUUCCCAUUGAGAAGUACUACAUCUUUUUUGGAGUGACCUGCUCCAUCUUUACUCUCCUGUCCUACUAUGGCACCUUUGCUCGCCUCAUCAACACCAUUGCUGAGAAGGCCUUGAUCCCGGUUGGACCCCAGCCUGUUUCCACCGAAUCCCUGCAGAAAUAUCUCAGUUUCCUCAAGAGAUCCAAACAGCAUGAGCCUGAAGAUAAAGGUGCACAGCUCCCUGAUGCUUUGUUCUAUCUUUGCAAUGGAGUGGCUGCACUCUCAGCCAUUCACAGCAGUCAACUCAGCCAAACGUUUUUCGACCUAACUGUUCCUUGGGUGCUAAUCCCAGGAGCCAUCAUCCAGGCCUACGUCAGUCGACUACAGGUACAGGGUGGCCAGAGAUUCGGUUCUGUUGUUCCCUCCUUUUAUGUGGCUAUUUGGGCAACUUGGAGCUGGUUUAGGUUUGCAGGACACCGUUUGCAAAUAUCCACAGAGCCAGCGAGUGGAUUUGCAGCUGGGUCAAUAGCAUUCCUGGUCAUCAAUGCUUUCUUGAUUCUAGUUGCGGCCUACAGCAAUCUUGUUCUUUUGGCAUUGACCACAAUCAUGGAGGUCAUCAUAGUUUGUUUUCUCCUCUCUACUCUUGGAAGACUGCCCUAUCAGCUAGAAGUUGCCAUGCUAGCAAUUUUUGCCAUCAUAUGUUUGUAUGGCAUGCUAGCAUCCCUUGUGAACAGUAUCUUCUCUAAGACCCUAAUACCAGUUGGACCUUCCCUUAUCAAGGACAAUAAAAAGAAGGAAUCUGAAACCACAUAUCCAUGUUUUGUUACAAACUCUCGAGAAACCAGUGGACUCCUCAAGAUUGCCAAAUUGCUUGAAAACAAUGGAGUGUGUGGCAUCCCUACAGAUACUGUCUACGCCUUGGCUGCUUCAUGCAAGAACCCCAGUGCUAUCGAGAAGAUCUACUCUAUCAAAGAUCGUCCUGCAGAGAAGCCAAUUUGCAUCUGCAUCUCAAGUGUGGAACAGCUUGUGGCCACCAAACCUCCUUUCAGUCCUCUCCUAUGGGAGUUCAUGAGAAACGUCUACCCCGGAGGCAUCAGUUGCAUUGUCCCCAAGGGCGAUUGGCUCCUCAAACUAGGUGUGGGUCCUGCAUAUGACCGUGUGGGGACCAGAGAUAGCAUUAUGAUUAGAGUACCUGACCACUCUGCCACUGCUCACCUGUGUGAAUUCACUGGCCCAUUGGCCAUUACUUCAGCCAAUCCCAGUGGAGAAGCUGACAGUACCCAUCACGACAUGGUCAUCAACCGUCUUGGUCACAAGAUCGAUGGAGUCCUGUGUGAUGGUGAAUCCAAUGAGGUGGUGGCAUCGACCGUAGUGAACUGUCUCAAUAUUGAUGAAGGAACUAUCAGCAUUCUUCGUGAAGGUUGUGUGCCUGCAUUGAAAGUCAGGCAGAUUUUUGAACGAGUAAAAAGCAACAUGUUGUAGGAUUACUACUAACAUCAGCUCCGUUGGCACUUUUACUUGCUUUGUUUAAUUUGAAGGAUGUUUCAAUUUGCAUAUGAAGGAAAUGCUUUGAAAUAACUUGACAUGUGGCCUAUAUGAAUCAGUUUUGAUAUAACUUUACUGUGUAAUCAGUUAUUCUGAGCAAGAAGUAUCACAAUGCAACCAUGUUAAAGUGAGCAUUGUUUACGCUCAUAUUAAUUGAGCAUUAGCUACAUAAACCUGUUACUGUAUUGCUGUGUAAAUGUAUUGUAUUUUUGCCUAUGCUUUUUAAGUUUGAAAAGUGUUCUAAUAUGGAACUGUUUUUCUUUUUAUUUUAAUGCUAUUUAUGCUCUUUCAAUGGAUCAUGCCUUUGUUGAUCAAGAGUAAGUAAACUGAUUAGAAGCACUAAGAAAUCAAUUCAGCCAGUGAAUGAAAAUGUAUUUAUAUAUUGCCAUUGCACAGUAUGCUUGUAUUUGUAUAUUGUGAACUGACAAAACGGUGUAUGAGAUUUUGUGCUUCAUAACUGUCUAA